ACAGGUCAACAUAUUCACUGCCCACAAUAUAGACAAGGGACUUUUAUGGUGUUUGAUUAUGCAUCUUUUACUCCUGAAAUCAUGUUACCAGUGAUUCUGCUUCUGAUGGGCCUUUCUGGCCUCACUUUGCCAGUCCAAGCUGCACCGGGUCUUUUGGAUGACAUUUUAACUUUAUUUGAUGAAAUAUAUGACUACGCUGUUAGUGACACCACAGAGGAAAUAUCCUCAGCUGAAAUUAAUGAAAGCAUUGAUUGGAUUUUUUCCUUCUUUGAUGAACCAGAAGUGUGUGAUCCAAAUCCAUGCCAGAACAAUGGAGUAUGCGAGGUCCUAGAGAGUGGCGGCUUCAAAUGCAUCUGUAAAGAGCCUUACAUUGGCAAAAAGUGCCAGGAUGAGAGGAACGUGUGUAAGAAAGUGAAGUGUGGUCAUGGUGAUUGUGUCAGAACUCAAGAAGCCCCAUUUUAUGAAUGCAAAUGCCGCCCCCCAUAUAGAGCCCCUACGUGCAAGAAAGCCUCUGCUUGUGACCCGAGUCCAUGCCUGAAUGGAGGAAAGUGUGUUAAAGGCCGUACCAGAGCCAGUUUCACAUGCAAAUGUGCUGAAAAUUACAGUGGGAGAUUCUGCCAAGUUGGUCCAAAUGAUUGUUAUGAGGGGAAUGGGGAAUCAUACAUAGGUUUUGUCAGUCAGACAGUGGAAGAAAUGGAAUGUUUACCAUGGAACUACUAUCGUAUUCCCUUCAAGGAGUUUGAAGGGAAUGAGAGCAUUGGCGCCCACAAUUACUGCAGAAAUCCGGAUGGAGACCGGGAGCCCUGGUGCUUUGUGAAUGACAAGGGGAAUCUCCGGUGGGACUACUGUAAUGUCAAGCCAUGCUCUGAACCAGAACCAGUAAAACCCUCCACAGCCCCUGCAAAACUGCAGUUUUCUGACUGUGGAAAGACUCAGGCUAUGAUUGCCCCAAGGAUAUUUGGUGGGAGGAAGUCUCUGCCUGCAGCCCAUCCAUGGCAGGUCUCAUUUCAGGUCCGUCCCAAGGGCUCUAAUGGAUCCUUCAGCCACAACUGUGGAGGAACACUUAUUGACUCCUGCUGGGUCCUAACUGCUGCUCACUGCAUUGAUGAGAACGAGGAGGUAAGGGUGGAGAUGGGUGGUGUGAACCUGGAGAAAGAUGAUCCUGCAAAACAGUUUCUUGAGGUGGAGAAAAUCAUUGUUCAUGAGAACUAUACAGAGACUCCUGAAGCCCUGUAUAAUGAUAUAGCACUGCUGAAACUGAAGGCAAUAAAUGGACGGUGCGCCAAUGAGACCAGGUCCGUUAGGGCAGCAUGUCUUCCCACCGAUUCAUUCCCCGAUGAAACAAUGUGCACCAUAUCAGGCUAUGGAACCACUGAGAAAGAGUAUGCUGUCUCUCCUCAGCUGCUGGAUGCCAAAGUUCUCUUAAUCUCUCAGAAGCGUUGUAUGUCUCGUAAUGUCUACGGGAACAGACUGGAUGAUUCCAUGAUGUGUGCUGGAUAUAUGCAGGGAAAGACUGACUCUUGUCAGGGUGACUCUGGUGGACCCCUGGUUUGUCAGAAGGACGAGACUCAUUACAUCUAUGGUGUGGUGAGUUGGGGUGACAGCUGUGGCAAGAAGAACAGGCCCGGUAUCUAUGCCCGUGUCACCAAGUUCAUUGACUGGAUCAAUGAAAAGAUGCGUGCAGCUUAGGAUGGCUACUCAAAAGGUUUGAGUCAAUGAUAGUUAAUAUCAUAAUCGAAUAGCUGGAGGAGGUUUUACCUGAUAAAAACCAAAUUCAAAUGUAUGCAUGUACCUAUGUGUAUAUAUAAUUAGGCAGAAAAGACCAAUUCAAAAUGGUUUCUUGGGUGAUUAGCCCUUCAAUAAUGUCACUUUUGUGAUUCAUGUUCAUAUUAAGGUCACAAUGAAAUGGAAGUAGUGACAUUUUUCCUGUAUCUGAGUGUAACGGACUGCCACAAAAAAAAAAAAAAAAGUAGGAUGGGGGCUUGGUUCUAGGCAUCAGCUAUGGAUUGGAUUUUGGUAUGCUUGCUGGGGCAGUUUAAGUAGACUAAAUGGAUAAAAAAAAAUAAAAAAAAAAUGGAUAAACUAACAGUAUGAUCUAUGUGCAUUUAGGAAAAACAUAGGGUGAAACUAACUUCAUACUGACUUUAUUAGCUCAUUACGAAUUUAUUUUGCCUUUUGUUUUAAGACUCGAGUAACAUUUUUCAAAGUCAAUCAUGUUUGUACACAAAGUAAAAAUGUUUAGUAAGUCUUUGACAAAUUUACUUUGGAAUAAAACUUCAGAUUUUAAAGUCUCACCAAAAGCCAUUGAGUAUGAAUCCAUGAAUGAUGUCACACAUGAUACCAAUACUUUGUAUCAACGCACAAUUUAUUUCCAGUUAAUGAGUUUAAUUUGCUUCUUUAACACCAAACAUAAGACACUGAAAAAAACUAGUAAAAAGUAGGUAUACAUCAAAUCAGCCAUGCUCAGAAAAAGAAAACCUUUUAUUAUUCACAUGGAAAUUAUGACCAAGUGAGCAUGUCACAAAUGAUAGAACUCUUCCGGAGAUGUGAAAUAAGUUCAGAUAUCUGCCUUAUAAUAGGUUUUCACAAAAGGACUUGCACAGGAUCUUUCUGCAAAAAGAAUAAAUGCUGCAGCCAAAAUUUAAAGAAAAUCAAAUCAAGGCGUUACACAGGAGCAAUCAGGAGAAUACUGGAAACAGCCAAGCACUCUGCACCGCAACACGCCACCUUAACAGCUAACCAGCAAAACUCAACUGCUACGCAACUGCGCCUAGUGCAUAGAAAAUACACAAGAGAGAAUAUUAGAAUCAUGUUGUUGUGAAAUUUUUUCCAUUUAAACCAUAACACCUGCUCAGUUCGCAAGCUUUGAUGUCACGGUUUUACAUAAAGUUUUUUUUUUUAGUGGCCAAAUUUCAGUCUCUACCCAGCCCUUUAAGGUUAAAGAAAUAUUCACAACAUCCAAAAUUGUCCAUUAAUAAGCGUUUAUUAAGAACAAAAAACUCAUUAAAAUGAACUUACUUUAGUCUGGGAGUUUCAAAAACAAAAAACAAACUACCAAAAAUGAAGAGAAGCGAUUUCACCUAGUAGCCCAAUUUAGGCAUAAAGAUCAUUUAAUAUCACAUGAAAUUCAAAUGUAUGAGACAAAAACAAUUGUGGGCAACAGAAA